AUGCAAGUUCAGGCCCCGUUCCCCCCUUACACUUCUCACCCGCUCCCAUCCCCCUUCCCCCUCCCUUCGCCGUACGGACGUCGCUCCCUCCCUUGGCUGACUCUCCCUCCUUUCGCGACUGGUAGAAGCAUUCCGCUAGAUACGCUAUCUCAUCCCUCGUCCCUCCUUGCCGCUCAUCCCCACUGCACUUGUCCCGCAUUCCCUCAUUCCUCAUCCUCCUUCUCCCCCCUGCACUCAUCCCCUAUUCCCCUUGUGUUCAUCCCUCAUUCCCUCUGCACUCCCUCAUUCCCCUGUACUCAACCUUUCCCCCUGCUCAUCCCCCACCCUCCCCUCACCCUUCCCCCAUGCCUUCUUCCCUUCCCCAUUGUAUCUUCCCUUCCCCAUUCUAUCUUCCCUUCCCCUUUCCCUCAUCCCUUCCCUCCUUUGCGCUCAUCCCUCCUUUGCCUUGUACUAGUUCCUCAUUCGCUCUGUGCUUAUCCUUCCUUCCCUCAGCUCACCCCUUACCCCUGGGGUGACGGUGGUGAUGGGGGUGACAGUGGUGAUGGGGGUGACGGUGGUGAUGGGGGUGACGGUGGUGAUGAUGGCGGUGGUUUGGAUUCUAGUGCACGUGGUGAGACUGUGCAUUUGAAGAGAAUUGCGUGUGGGGAGGCACGCCAGGUAGGGGAAGGCAGAGCUAAGAGCACAGAAGGAGCGAGUGCAGGAGAGCUAAGAGCCAUGCAGGAGAGCUCGUUCUGGGACCCACCGCUGGAUGAGGAUGAUGCUCCUAUCUGCAUCACUGCACCACCAGAACCGUCUGACCGAUCCCCUCCACCCAACCCGCCCCCUCGCCCCAUGCAGUUGGUUCGCCAGCUGGCGCGUGUCGUGAACCAUCUCAUUCGCCUCGUCUCCUCCACAUUCGGCCCGCUGCGUGAGUGCAUUGUUCUCCGCCCUACCUCACUGCGUCCAUCACUACGCCCUACGUUCACCCAUUCUCACACCCUUCCAUCCCAUCCCCCCACUCUCCCCCGCGAUUCAACCCCCACACUCUCCUUCACAUCCCCCUCUCUCAUUCCCCCCAUGCCCCCAACGCCCGUGGCAGCACCAGACGUCCCUCUGCUGCCUGUGCGGGGGAAGGGCGCACAGGCGGAGGGGGGGAGGGGGGGAGGGGCGCACAGGCAGAGGGGGGGAGGGGCGGGCAGGCGGAGGGGGGGAGGAAGCCGGGGGAGUCGCGCAUGGCGCUGGCGUAUGCGCGGUGAGGCACCCGCCGCUGCUGCUGCUGCUGAUGAAGGUGUGAGUGGGGCCUGUCACAUGGUUGAAGGCAUGGCGCUGGCGUAUGCGCGCGCGGCUCAUCAUCGCCAUUCACCUGCUGGUGAGGCACCCGCCACCGCUGCUGCUCACAUGCCACCACUUGCUGCUGCGGCGGAAGCAGCGCUAGUGGUGUAA